AUGAAGAGGAAGUGCAUUUGUGAGCUCUGCACCUGUGGGCGCCAUCGCUGCCCACAUCUUCCCACUACAAUCUACGAAAAGAUUAAUAAACCAUGCUUAAUUACUGAGUAUGUGGAGAAAUUUGCUCCGUAUGGAAUUAUUCAGCCUAGGGAAUCUACAGACCACGAGAAGACUAUCAGCGGCACCCAGGCCAAGAUGGAAUCCAUGACCACAUUCAGGGCAGAUUUUAUUCCUCAUGAUAUACUGCCUAGGCCAGGAAUAGUAAGUGAAGAAGUGAGGCAACCCCAUGGAGCUAUGAAUCUGGACACCACUUACAAGCGGGAUUUUAACCUCCACCCAAUCCAUUCAGUAACCCCAGCCCGGCCAGUAGAGCAAAAGCAUGGCUCCAGAGCAAAGAUGCUGACAAUUCCUACUUACAAAGAUCAUUACAAACAAUGGGAACUUUCAAAAAGAGCAACAAUGAAACCAGAACAUACUUUCAAAGCACCAACCAUCAAAUUUGGAAAUCCAACCACUUUUGAGGAUGACUAUUCCUUCAAAAUUCCUGUUCCCAACCAGAGUUUUAAGCCUCCAAAUGCAGCAAGGAUACUAGAUGUGCCCUUUGAUGACAAGACCAAUUAUCGUCAGGAUUACAUACCAUACAAACAGGAGCCCCCUAAAAGACGUGAUCGGGAACAAUACAAGCCAAGUGACGAACCUUUUGAUGGUCUCACCGUGCACAGGAGAGAUUUCAAGGGUCAGCCUGGAGAGCUCACAAUGCCCAUUAGACCCCCAUUCAUCAAACUCAACUCCAAUCAGCAGUUUUAUGAUUUAACUGAAUUCCGUGACAAAUACAGAAGUUGGACUAUAGACCGACCGCUGGUCCACAAGUCUGUGGAGCCUAUAGUUCCUCAGGGUAAAAUGCAUCUCAGCACAACUACUCAAACAGACUUUGUUGAGCACAAACUCCAACCGUUUGUUCCAGUCCGACCUCUACAAGUGAUGAGUGGGCACAAUAUUCCCUUUGAAGGGCAGUCUACCAUGAAGGCAGACUACAAGUACUGGGACGCCGCACGGGAAUCUCUCAUCAAACCUCGGGAGGAACUGGAGAAAGCAGCUGGCCGAUUUGAUGACAUGACAACGUUCAGGGCUCAUUAUGUACCACACCAAAUUAACCUCUUGCAUUCCUACAAACCCCGCAAUUCUUACAUUCCUAGCAGAAUUCCAUUAGAUAAUGGAACCACGUAUCAAACCAGUUAUACAUCAAGGAGUGUGGAGGUGUGUCCUGCCUCAUUUGCAGUGCCCCCUGGUUAUGAAUAUGUGGAAACUGAUCCCCGAGGUCAUAAACUAUAUCAACCAGUAAAUGAAGGGGAAUGUAUUCAACCCAUGUUGGCAAAUACCUCUCUGGAUAUGAUUUCAAAUACACCAAGCCCUCAAAAGGCUGCCAGUGAUUUGAAAGCAAGUCUCCCAAAUGAUGCAAUCAUUGCAGCUUAAUAGAAAAACAUAUCAUUAUCCCUAAUUAGAGAUGUUUAACUUUUUAGGGAAACAUUUAAUUUACUCUAAUUGCAAAUUUGCUUCCUUUUGAUUUAUUUAGAAGCAGUAGUAAAUUAAUAAGUUGUUAAUUUUGAAGAUGCUGGUACCUGCUACCUGGGAACCAGGAUCAACAUGAUCGGUUUGGCAAAAGUGAAUGUUUUAUCCUUUUAGCCCCUGCCCUAUUGGAUGAGUCUGAUCUGCUCCCUGAAGCUCAGACUAGUAACUCAGUAAAAUAAACCUGCAAUCAACUCCA